AUGUUGGCUCGCGGUGUGCAGAUGCGGGCCCUGGUCUGCCUCUGCCUCUGCUUCAACCUCAUCGCCGCUGGCCUCCUCGUCCCUGUAAGGAGAGCUGAUCCCACCCCAACUCCGGCGGACGCUCCGGCGACACUGUCAGGAUCUGGAAGAGGGGAUGAGACGCCUUCUUCCUCGCCCUCCGUGACUGAGCCUCCUAGGACGACAUCGGGUGAGGCUGCGCCCGCGGUUGAGGCAACAUCCAAUUCCACUACGACCUCGUCAACGAGAACCUCGGCGCCAGUUCCAGGGGCAACAGCUGUCAACGGAACUGAUGCGCAUAACCAAACUCUCUUCAACACCACUAUCGCAGCUGGAGAGCUCCCAUUGCAGCCCGUCGUCACGCCGGGAUGGGCCGUCGCUGGGGUUUUCAUGCUCUGCACCGGUGUUGUGUACACCCUCGUCGGGAUCAAGACACAAUGGCUGCAUACCUACUUCUCCACAGCCUUCCUGGCGAGCUUGGGAACUACGGUCUUGAUCGUCUAUGUCAUGACGCCGCCCGUCUCCCCUGCCAUCCAAGGGGCGUAUGUGGUGGCGGUUGUCUUGACGGGAGCAAUCCUGGGAGGAGCGGCCAUCGUAUUUAAAGAGAUCACCGAAGGCCUGGGCUGCUUCCUCGGUGGGUUUUCGUUGAGCAUGUGGCUGCUCUCCCUCAAGGACGGUGGUCUCGUCACAGGCACGGGCGCCAAGGUGGGAUUCAUCGCGGCUUUCUCCCUAGCUGCUUUCGCGCUGUAUUUCAGCCACUACACGAGGGAGCGCGGGCUCAUCGUGUGCAUUUCCUUUGCCGGGGCGACGGUGACCGUUCUCGGCAUCGACGCCUUCAGCCGCGCCGGUCUGAAGGAGUUUUGGGCGUACAUAUGGGACCUCAACGGCAACUUGUUCCCCUUGGGCGCCGACACCUACCCGCUGACCAAGGGGAUCAAGGUCGAGCUUGCCGCCACUGUCAUCAUCUGCCUGGCUGGCAUCGUAUCCCAGCUGAAACUGUGGAAGAUUGUCAAAGAACGGCGCAGCAAGAAGGAGGAGACAAAGGCUGAAAAUCAACGCCAACUGCAAGAGGAAGAGACCCAGAUCGGGCGCCAGGUCGAAGCGAGAAAUGCGCGGGAAAGAGACGAAUGGGAAGCGGUGUACGGGGACGGCGAGCGGGCUGUCCAGGCUCGCAACCCGUCGUCGGAUUCUGGGGUUGGCGACAUGGAAAGCGAGAAGAAGCACAGAGAUAGCCAGGGGACUGCUACCAUGAGAUCUCGGCACUUCUCUGUCACCGAGGAGGAGAUCGAGCUGCACGAGAUCCCGCUCCAGGAGGAAGCAGCACCGGCAGUUCCGCCCAAGCCAAAGGCCGCUGCUGAGCUCGUCAUGGAGCAGGACCAGGCGCGCGGUGUUGUUACCGUCCGGGUCGCCAAGGACGACAUUCCCGAAGGCCUGCCGGCCCGGCAGCCCGAAGAUGAAGAGCCCAAGGUAUGGUACGUGGGUGCCGACGGAGAGGCACGGCGUUCGUCGGCGUCCGCAAAACGAGCCUCGCGAACCUCCACCGGGCCCGAAGUUGUCCCGCUACCGUUCCGGGUACCGCACGUGAGAGACGCAGACGAGACGAGCCAGGCAGACCGAUCCUCGGUGGCUACCUUUGCCGACGAGGAUGCCCUCUCCGGGGUAGCCAGCAAGCGAAACUCUUUCGCCAAGCGGCUGUCUCGGGGGUCCGCAGAGCUCCUGCGGAGUAUGUCUCAGAGAUCCAAGCGCGACAACGGCGAGAAGUCGCCUCUGCCAAACGAAGUUACCGGCGAGAGCAGGGAAGACCUUUUCGUCUCGAGGAACGCCGAUCGCGAUGACAGCAGCUCGAUUGCCGCGACAAUAGACGGGAUCAGCUCCGACGGUGAUGCGUAUACUGUGCGGGAUGGCGGCGAGUCCCGCAGCAUCGAGAUCAAUGCCCAGUUGGCAGAGAUCGAAAGGGCUGACCAGAGGGGAAGCAAAGCCAACAAGGACCUCGCCGAAUCGAACAAGUUGGCUCUUCCGACCAAAGACAAGCGGGUGUCUGCCGCAGAGACUGUCGCUACUGAUAUAUUGAAUACGUCGGAAGGGGGCGAAUCGACGAGGAAUAAUGAUAAUACAUGUAAUACGGAGAGGGCAACGGAAACGCCUCAUGUCAGCGAUUCAGACGCCGGCACGAGGAAGGCGAAGUCGGUAAACUCGGUGGUCUCAACGCCGGCAAGCCUCACGAGAGAGCACCUGCCCCGUUCUCUGUCGAGGAUCGCCAUGUCGUACCGCACAAACGAAUGGGCAAAGCAUCUCAGCAAUGCCGAGACGCCGGCGCCAGAGACGCUGCAGCUGAGCGAGUACGUCGAAGAAGCUGCUCCGUCGCCAACUAUGGAGCCAGCGGCGCCAGUGAACGUGGAGGAGCUGCAACUGACGGCGGAAAACGCGGCUCCGGCCCCGGCCGCCCCGAGGUCGGCGACUGCCAUGUCGCAGUACCCGUCCACGGCGUCGUUGCCGGCGCAGGCACUCUCGCGCUCAAACUCCAAGCAGUCCAUGCUGAGCAUCCCGGCUUCGCAGAGCGCGGAGCAACUCCCGAUAUCAUCGGGCGGCCUGUCACCUACCCUCGGGUCCAGGCCCGGCCAGCAGCAGGCAUUCCCCAAUCCGUACAGGAGCCACUCCGGCGCGAUGAACCGCCGCACCUCGAACCUGUCGGUGCACCCCAUCGCGGAAGAGGCGGCGGACAGUGGCCAGGUCCCGGACAGUCCCGGUAUGCCCCUGCCCGACGAAGGGAACAACUCGGGAAACACGUCCAUGUCGCCGUCGCCGGUGCCGCCAGAGACGAGCGCCUUCCGGGCGCCGGUCCCCGGCGUGGUCUCGUACUCGAGCCCCCAGACGCUCAUCGGCAAGCGAGAGCUGUUCCUCCGCAGCAAGUCGCAAGGCUCUCUCGUCGGGCCGAGUCCCAUCCCGGAGUCCAUGCCCAUGCCCACCAUCCCGUCGGCCGCCAACAGCGACGCCGGCUCGGUGUACAACAUGCCGGCCGGCCCGUACGGGACCUCCUUUUCCUCGCAGCACAUCGACGUGGACGACAUGCCCCUGAGCCACCGCAAGGAGAUUCUCCGGCAGAGCAGCCUGGCCGCCCUCUCGGGCGCGUCGUCGUCGCGGCCGCCCAGCCAGAUGAGCUUCGCGACAGCCGCACCGCCGCCGCCUCCUAUCCCUGCAGCAGCAGCAGCGCCGCUCCUCUCCAUCCCCGCCGCGUCGGCCGACAGCAUCCCCUUCAACAGCCACCAGCCCAAGCGCGCGUCGGGCCUGCCCAGCCAGGCCGCCCGCGAGGCCCAGCUCGCGCAGUUCCGCAGCUCGGUCGCCGCCGAGCUGCGCGCCGGCACGCCCAUCGUGCCCACCACCGCCUCCGGCAGCGGCCGCGAGACGCCGCUGCUGACCGGCCUGCUCGGGUCCGUGUCCCAGGGCGGGCUAGCGCUGCCCCUGUCGACGGCGGGGCGCGACAGCGAGGUGCGCCGGGGCAUCGACGCGCAGCGCAGCAUGCUCAUGGGCCAGAAGGAGGCCGAGGCGCAGCGGCGCGAGAUGGAGCGGCUGGCCAAGGAGCGCGGGGACCGGGCGUUUGAGGAGAGCAUGCGCCGCGGGGAGCUGCUCGAGGCGCACCAGGACGCCAUGCGGAGGAUGCAGGCCAAGGCGCGGGGCAGGUGA